AUUGGCUCUCUUGCUGAAGGAAGGAAUCUAGCAUGCGCUAACCUUGAGUUUGGAUGACUUUCUGCAUCUCAUCUAAUAGCACUGUGAAGAAAAGAUUGUGACCCAGCAAGAGAAGUUUGAAAAAGGAUUUGGUUUAAGAGCAGGUGUAAAGGGACAAAUCAGAAUGUUUCCUAAUAUCCAUGACAAGAACCAAUCCAGGUGGACUUUCGAUUUAAAGGAAAAAUUCACCACAAACCUGGAGUUAGCUCUAGCACGGAAUCAAGUGCACACAUCCCGGAAACCCAAAUCUCCUGAAAAAGAAGGCUGGAUGAGGAAGCCUCCUGAUCUUAGCUAUAAACUAUACAUUACUCCAAACCUUAUGAGGAAACGCUCUGAAAAGCCGAAAGAACUGAAGAAGCAGAUGUCAAGAGCCAGCACCAUACAGGAUGAACUGAUUAGUAUAAGGUCCAGGUUGUUUGACCAGGUCAUGGAACAGAAGAAGGAGCAGCCAAAAAUCAUUACAAGGUUUCCACGUGUGGGCCCCUAUGAAGCCCAGUUAUCAUUUGUGAAGAGCGGGAAGUAUAAGAGCACCAUAUACAAAGAUCCCACACCCUAUGAAUAUAGACAGUAUGAAAUAGGUCCACGAAAGUUUGUGACAAGUUAUGCCAGAGACCCUCAGAAUCUAAAGCUGAAAUUGCAGGGUUUAAGCCAAGUUCAUGGAUUGCAUCCACUGACAGAAAAGCUGCCUUCUAGAUCAAGACAAAAAUUCAUUACCUACAAGCCAGUGGAACGCAAGUGGGAUUCAAGGCUGAUUCUACCAAAAGAACCUUGGCCGGCCAAAACAGUUUCUUUUACAAGGUUCAAAAGUGAACGAGGUACACACACUACCUUCCUAGAACGCAUUGAAGAAACAUUAAGCAAGCUAUGGCAGAAAGAGGCAGAUCAGAAGCAGACACCAAGCAAGAAGAAAAAAGAAGCAAAGAAUACAUGGCAAAAAAGCUUAAAUGUAGAUGUUUCCACCAAAAAAUACUCCAAGAAGGAGCAGCAGGACAGCAGUGAAAACCAGCAAAAAGGGUGGCAUUCUUGGUCAUCAUCCAUAGGAAUAGGCAAAGGGUUGCCAAAGCCAGCGUGUCUUCCAUCAUAUAUAAAACCAGAACCUUUGGGUUUCCUGUUGCCAACUGGCAUAGCUCAGAGUGUUAAAGAACUGAGGUGCAAAUAAUGGGAACAAACUAGGAAGCAUUUUGGAAACAUGUGAGUGUUUAAUGAUAGCGGCAUUCCGAUAAAUGCAAAAACUACACCACUAACUCCUACUCAAAGAAUGCAACAACUGUAAAAACAAAUACACACACAGAACAAAUGUAUCACUAUUUAUAUAUAUUACACUCUUAGAUACAGUUGCAUCCAGAAUGGUUUAUUUACAGUACUACAAUACAAGUUGCAAAAACUGUAUACAAGUGUGGAAAUAUUUAACCCUCUCCUCAGAAGAAGAUGAGAAAGAAGAAGAAAAAACAAAGAAAUAAAACAACUUUGAAUAUGGAAGAGUGGAAAUAUAUUACAAAAGAAGAACUGCUUUAGGAGAUGAGAACUAAACUAUAUAUAGAAAUACAGCACAAUUUCUGUAUGAGGGGAAAAUCCCAAAGUAGGUGUGCAAUGACACUUAAAACAUUGGAGUAGAGAAGAAGGCGUAGAAUCAAACAAAACAAACAAAAAUGCUGUUUGCUAAAUCAAAAGAAUGGACUGGAAGCAGAUUAGUAAUCCAACCUCAUAAUAUAAUCUCAGAGUAGGUUUCCAAACAAUGUGAUCUCAGUUGUAAUUAAUGGCAUUUUGGAAUAAAAUGGGAAUUAUUUAUUCAA